UUUUUCCUUAAGGCAUAUUAGAACGCAAAUUAAGUAUAUGUACGUCCGAAUCUCGCGAGAAACUCAAAUGUAGUACCCAGUACGCAGUAUGCGAUUUCGGACGCAGUGCAGGUCUUUCUUCCUCUCGUCGCUUCGCUCCAGUCCAGCGGGAGGCGCUAAACACACACGUUUGUUUGACAAACACAAUUAAACCUCAGAGGAAGAAGUUCAGUUUCACCGCGCUCUCUGUUGUUGUUAUGUCGGUGUGCUGCCUUAAUACAAACGGUUAGACAAGUUUCUAAGAGAAAAAAAUACAGAUUUUGCAUCAGUUCGGUAAAUACCUGUAAUAUCCUCGUCCUCACAGUCGUGACUGAGUUUUGAAGCGAGCAGGAAUAUCUGGAGGAGUUUAUCAUUUGAACUGAGAUCUGCUGCUGUGAAGAUGGAGUUUGUGAAAGAGGAGAGAGAAGAGAACACGAGUGAACCAGAAACCAGCAGAAUAAAACAGGAGGGAACAGAAAUAAAAAACGAGGAACCAGAAACCUGGGCAAUAAAACAUGAGGAACCAGAAACAUGCAGAAUAAAACACGAGGAAACAGAAAUAAAACAUGAGGAACCAGAAACCUGGACAAUAAAACACGAGGAACCAGAAAUAAAACAUGAGGAACCAGAAACCUGGAGAAUAAAACACGAGGAAACAGAAACCUGGAGAACAAAACACGAGGAAACAGAAAUAAAACAUGAGGAACCAGAAACCUGGAGAAUAAAACACAAGGAAACAGAAAUAAAACAGGAGGAACAAGGAGAGAUAAACAGAGGUCUUACGGGUUUGAAACAACAUGAGGAGUUCAUUGAAGAAAAAGAGGAAAAUGAAGAAUACAGUGAAGUUGAGGAGAAAAAUAAUGUCAAAACUGGUGGGAAAACUUUGAGUUGCUCUCAAACCAAACAGAAAGAUUUAAAGAAAAAAAGAGUUAAGGUAUCUUUCACCUGCACUCAGGGUGGAAAGAGUUUCACAUGUAAAUCAAAUCUUAAGCAUCACAUGAGAGUUCAUACUGGAGAGAAACCAUUCACUUUCAAUCAGUGCAGGAAGAUUUUCAAACAAUCAUCAAACCUUAAGGAUCACAUGAACAUCCACACUGGAGAGAAACCUUACAAGUGUUCACACUGUGACAAGAGAUUCAGUGUGUCAUCGAGUCUGAAAACACAUGAGAGGAUCCACACUGGAGAGAAACCUUACAAGUGUUCACACUGUGACAAGAGAUUCAGUCAGUCAGGAAAUCUGAAAACACAUGAGAGCACUCACACAGGAGAGAAACCUUACAAGUGUUCACACUGUGACAAGGGAUUCGCAGUGUCAACAGAGCUGAAAACACAUGAGAUGAUUCACAGUGGAGAGAAACCUUACAAGUGUUCACACUGUGACAAGAGAUUCAUUCGGUCAGCAGGUCUGAAAAAACAUGAGAGGAUCCACACUGGAGAGAAACCUUACAUGUGUUCACACUGUGACAAGAGAUUCAGUCGGUCAGCAGGUCUGAAAAAACAUGAGAGGAUCCACACUGGAGAGAAACCUUUUAAGUGUUCACACUGUGACAAGGGAUUCAGUGAUUCGACACAUCUGAAAACACAUGAGAGGAUCCACACUGGAGAGAAACCUUACAAGUGUUCACACUGUUUCAAGAGAUUCAAUCAUUUAUCAAGUCUGAAAAAACAUGAGAGGAUCCACACUGGAGAGAAACCUUACAAGUGUUCACACUGUGACAAGAGAUUCUGUGUGUCAUCAAGUCUGAAAACUCAUGAGAGGAUCCACACUGGAGAGAAACCUUACAAGUGUUCACACUGUGACAAGAGAUUCGGUGUGUCAUCAAGUCUGAAAACACAUGAGAGGAUCCACACUGGAGAGAAACCUUACAAGUGUUCACACUGUGAAAAGAGAUUCUGUGUGUCAACAGAGCUAAAAACACAUGAGAGGAUUCACACUGGAGAGAAACCUUACAAGUGUUCACACUGUUUCAAGAGAUUCAAUCAUUUAUCAAGUCUGAAAACACAUGAGAGAAUCCACACUGGAGAGAAACCUUACAAGUGUUCACACUGUGACAAGAGAUUCGGUGUGUCAUCAAGUCUGAAAACUCAUGAGAGGAUUCACACUGGAGAGAAACCUUACAAGUGUUUAAUCUGUGACAGGAAAUUCAGUGAUUCAUCGAGUCUGAAAAAACAUGAGAGGAUUCACACUGGAGAGAAAGCACAUCACCGCAAGUUACGUGGGAAGUGUUCCAUUGAGUCAUCUGUUAUACACAAAAACCAUCUGUUAUACACAAAGGCCCCGUACACGCAGAGACGCAUUUAA